UUCUCCCUCUCUUCCAAUCAACAACACACUAAGGAGAUGGAGACUCGUGCUGCAAAGAGGAAGGCAAACGCUGCAAAUGUAGUUGUAGUCCACAAUCAACACUUAAAAAAGAAGCGGAUCGUGUUGGGAGAACUUCCCAAUAUACCCAAUCUUAUACAUCCCGCAACCUUGAACAAACACAAAGAGAAACUUCAAUGUCAGAAGAAUCCCAAUAUCAAGAAACAAGCUCUCUUAAAGAAGACCCUUUCUUCUCCUGAUGCCAACUUUGAUGACCCCCAGAUUGGUGAACCUUAUAUAUCUGAUAUCUAUAAGUAUCUUCGUACAAUGGAGAUGCAGAGAAAGAGAAGGCCAAGGACUGAUUAUAUCGAGAAAGUUCAGAGGGAAGUUACAGCAAACAUGAGAGGGAUAUUGGUGGAUUGGUUAGUGGAGGUUGCUGAAGAGUACAAGCUUCUCUCUGAUACCCUUCAUCUCUCAGUUUCAUACAUUGAUAGGUUUCUAUCAGUUAAUCCUGUGACCAAAUCUAGGCUCCAAUUGCUGGGUGUUUCCUCCAUGCUUAUUGCUUCUAAGUAUGAGGAAAUUACCCCUCCCCGUGUGGAAGAGUUCUGCAGCAUCACUGAUCACACUUAUGACAAGGCAGAGGUUGUGAAGAUGGAAGCUGACAUACUCAAGUCCCUUAAUUUUGAAUUGGGCAGCCCUACUGUGAACACCUUUUUAAGGAGGUUUGCUGGUGUUGCUUCUAAGGACCAAAAAAAUUCAAAUUUGCAGAUUGAAUUUCUGGGCAGCUAUAUAGCUGAGCUAAGUUUGUUGGAUUACAACUGUAUAAGAUUCUUGCCUUCUAUUGUGGCUGCCUCGGUUAUAUUUCUUGCAAGAUUCAUUAUCUGGCCUGAUGUGCAUCCUUGGACUUCAUCCCUGUGUGAAUGCUCGGGUUUCAAACCAGCUGAGUUGAAAGAAUGUGUUCUCAUAUUGCAUGAAUUGUAUUUGUUAAGAAAGGCAACAUCCUUCCAAGCUGUUCGGGAGAAAUACAAGCAGCAUAAGUUCAAAUGCGUGGCAAACCUACCUUCCUCUCCAUAUGUACCAAAUCAUUACUUUGAAGAUCAGUGAUGGAGUGGGAAUUCUAUGAUAAAUGAAUCUCAUAGUUGAGCAAAAUCACCACUUUUGGAAGUGUUAUGCUGUAAUGGAAGUUGAUAUCUUCUACCAAAAAGUAUUUUGUUUUAAACACAGCAGUGAAGUUAAUUACAAGGUUAAACCGCAUUUCGCAAUGAACUUUCUGGAUAGGGAUCUCAAGUUACAUGCCUAAUUACUGUUGCUGAAUGCCAGCUGCUUCUUUAAUGAUAAUU